CGCAGCCGUACUAAUAAUUUUAACUGGGCCUGCUCCAUUGCUGGAGGACGCGCGAUUCACUCAAACAAAAUUCCUGCAAUUAUAUUCGAAAAAACAAUCGCAGUCGAUUGGGGCCCUAGAAACGAACGCGUGGCCGCCGCCGCCUUCUUGCUUUAACAAACUCAGGAAGCCAUUUUAGUUAAAUGUCUUUCUUCGCGACACGUCUGGCGCCAAACCUCUGCCCUUUUGCGCAAAUACUGUUUAUGUUCAUGUGCAUGUGUUAAAAAUACGAUGCACAAAUGCAAUGCAUCAACACAACGCACGAUUUUUCACAAAUUCCCAACUCAAAGCCCUCAAUCGAAAUAUUUUAUCUAUAGGGAAUGUUGGGGGCAAGGGGGAACAUCAAUUAUUGAUUUUGUACUGUAGCAUUUAUACAUAUAUCCUAUAUUCCGAUAAUAUAUUCAACGUUAUUAACUAUUUUCAACAUUAUACAUUCCAUGUUGCUACUAACAACUUCGUUUGCAUUCCGAAAUGGUUAGAAAUCAAAAAAUCAACGAUGAGGAGGCCCGUCUUCCACAUUGCGGGUAAAUGGUUUUGAUAAUGAAUACGUCAAAUGGCAAUCAAGCCAAUAGUGAAGAAAUCGCAAUGGUUGUUGGCUCACCAAUGUCAAUCCAGUCUGACGAUGACGAUGACAAUUGUCAGUCGUCGGCGGGGUCGGCCUGCGAAGAAGGUUCCGACUUCAUGACGGCGGCAAUGGACGAUGAAGUCACUGCUCAGCUGGCUGCUGCAGGUCCUGUAGGUGUUGCCGCCGCCGCAGCGAUCGUUUCAGCGAAAAAACGCAAAAGACCGCACUCGUUCGAAACCAACCCUUCUAUCAGGAAAAGGCAACAAAAUCGUCUACUCAGGAAAUUGAGGCAAACGAUAGAUGAAUUUGCGACGCGCGUGGGACAACAAGCUAUAGUAUUAGUAGCCACACCUGGCAAACCAAAUAUUAGUUACAAAGUAUUUGGCGCAAAACCGUUGGAAGAUGUUAUUAAAAAUCUCCGCGGGAUGAUCAUGGAGGAACUGGAGAAUGCUCUCGCCCACCAAGCGCCGCCGCCCGUUCAGGACGACCCCUCGCUCUUCGAACUACCUCCGUUAAUCAUCGACGGAAUUCCUACACCAGUGGAGAAAAUGACCCAAGCACAACUACGUGCUUUUAUACCCUUGAUGUUGAAGUACUCCACUGGGAGGGGUAAACCUGGAUGGGGGCGCGAAUCUACGAGACCACCAUGGUGGCCGAAGGAGUUACCCUGGGCGAACGUUCGAAUGGACGCCAGAAGCGAAGACGAAAAACAAAAAAUAUCUUGGACGCACGCUCUGCGACAAAUUGUUAUAAACUGUUACAAGUUUCACGGCAGGGAGGACUUGCUACCUGCGUUUACGGAAGAAGACGAAAAGGCCAACGCCACAGCUACUGCCAACGCCAAUGUCAGUACAUCGGUUGGUGUUCUAAAAAUGCAUUCCUCAGGAAUAGUACCUACUCAUAAGAUACAGAUCCAAGCUAACGGGUCGCCUCAAAUUAUAGCCGCCUCGCCUGAUGGCUUGUCAGGGUCCUCUGCGCAGGUUUGCCUCGAUCCUGCGGGCUAUAGUUCAGACGUCGAUAUUACAACUCAAUAUACGCCCACGGUACUACAUACAAUUACAAACCCAGAUGGUACUGUCAGUAUUGUUCAAGUGGAUCCCAACAAUCCAAUCAUUACAUUGCCAGAUGGCACAACAGCUCACGUUCAGGGAAUGGCCACUAUUCAGACCGGUCAGGGUGACGGAACCCCUGUUCACACUAUCCAAGCAAUAUCAGAGAGUGGUUCUCAAGGUGAAGUUGUCGAUUUGAAUUCGGUGACGGAAGCGACCCUCAAUUCCGAAGGCCAAAUUAUAUUGACUGGAGAAGACGGUCAUGUAAGUGGCGUUAUUACCGUACCUGUAACUGCAUCGAUGUACCAUACCAUGGUAGCAAAUAUCCAGCAUCUUCACACAAACAGCGAUGGUACAGUGUGUGUGACACCGGUGGUACCGGUCCCUAAGGUGGAGCCGAAUAAUGGCGACAACAUGGAAACGUUGGCGGUAACACCAAGCGGCUUGACCACACAUUCAAUGAUGAUACAAAGUUCUGGUAAUGAGGGUCCACAAGUCUUACAAGUUCUGUCAUUAAAGGAUGCGACUGUUUUGACAAAAGCAAUGCAAGGAAUUGCUGAUGUUAAAACAGAAGAAACUAUAUUAAGUGACCAAUAGACGGUACUGUUGAUACAGAUUAUGGGGAGAAAGAGUUAAACAGAGUAUUUACUUUUAAAUUUUGUAUAAAUGUUUUAUUUUUUAUUUUUAGCGACAAUUUAAAAGAUCCGUUCGAAAGAUUUAUAUAUUAAUUUGACUGUUAGCAAAAGUGGUGGUAAAUAUUUUAUUGAAACCUAUCAAAUAUCUGUUUCUGGAUAAGUGUGGUAAAUUUCGAAAGAAUGAAUUAAUUAUACUCUUGCUGUAUAUAUUUAUAAAUAUAAUACCUAAGAUUUUGUGCUAAACAGUUAUAGUGUGUAUACAAUUUUACAUAACUUGCAUCAUGUAAGUGGUACAGCAGCUUGAUAUUUUGUUUUCUGCGAGUACUUAGAGAUCUUCAUGUACAGACGGACAGGCCUAAGAAGAGGCGGAAGAUAGAUUAUGCUUACAGUUUCCACUUUGGUAUGUAUUAUAAAAGAAAAAGAGCAACGACGUUGUACAAUGGCGUACUUAUUUGUGAUCAUAUUGUCGAAAAUGGAAAUUGUUCAUUAUUACAAUCAAGUUUAUAUUUUAUUUACUUUUUACUUUUAUUUAUACACUAGAAAAGAUGUAUUUUAUAGUUUUUAUUUUUUAUAGUUUCGGUUGUACAUAUAUUAAGUGUUGAGACUUUAAAACAGUAUAUUACAGUGAUAUAAGCUGUAUGGUUGCGACGAAAAUAUUUAUUUCUGAAGUAGCGUUAACCCACUUAUCUAAAACAUGAAGCACUAAUAUUACGUAUUUUACUAGUCACUUUUGGCAUAAUAAUGAUGUUAGUUUUAUAAUGAAAGAUUAAGUGUUCAAGAAGAGGGUAUUCACCGUGUAUCAGCAUAUUAAGUAAUCGUCUUAUUUCACACUUUGGUCAAGCUGUGUUAAGUUGAAACUUUUUAUACAUGUGCAUAUUAAGUGUAAGUUUAUCUUGUAUAUUAUCUAAUUAGUUCACAUUAAUUUAAUCUUGUUAAUUAUUUUUAGUUAUUAUUGGGUAUUUUAAUUGUUAGUUCACUGUGCACUAGAAAGGUUUUAUGUGUGUUUACAAACAAUGGUGGUUAUUUCUGGUGUGUAUUGUAUGGUUCCUUUGUUAUUUGUGCCAUACAUUUGCAUUGCUUGCUUCACUAGUUUUUUUUUUUUUUUAAAUACAUAUUUUUGGUGAAUUUCCAUUCAUUGUUAAUUUUAUAUUAUGUAAAGAACCAAAUAUUAAUUAGGCUUGGUUUAGAAUUUCGUGCCAAAGGCAUAUUAAAGUACCUUCAUUAAAUAAUUAUUAAGAUUAGGUUUUUAUGCAUAUUUGUUACUGGAAUUCUGUUAUAUGAAUUUAAGCAAGGUGUCCAUUUCGUUUUUCAUUGUGUAAAAUUAAAACACUGUACAUUGUAUAUUUUACAAAUCUCGCUGUAACUAACUUUUUGACAAAAUAAAUGUAAUAGUUUGUUUCAAUGUGGUGUGACAUGUUAACUUUUAAAUGUUAUUUUUAUGGUAUGCAUGUAUAUUUAGAUUUUAGAACUAUAUGGCCAAUUACCUGUAGUGGUAACGAAUUGUAGCACCAUAUAAACAUCACAUAACACUAAAGAUAUCUUCCCUUUAUCACUUCUCAUUAACACAAAUUUGAAGAUAUCUUUGUUUGUUUUUGUUUAUAUUCAAUGUGCUGGCACAAGAGGCAGUUGUUUGUCCAUAAAAUUAAGAAGAUGUACAUUUACACUUACCAACUGGCCUUAAGUUACUUUGGAAAAAAAGAUGCCUUUGGUUCUGCGCACUGUAACGAAAUUUUAAUGAUCUUGGCCUGAUCAUUAAUUCAAAACUUGUAAAUUUUAAUAGAAUUCUGUAACUACCAAAUAAAGCUAUCAAUUAUGUA